CCUAGGAAACUGCCUGUGUGGUUGAACUUUGUCAGGUGGACUUUGUCAUUAAAAUCUUUACAGAUCAAAUUUAAACAGUAACAUUGACACUGAUAUUAGACAGUCUGCUGUGGAGACAAAGAGAGCAAGAAACAGAAAAAAAUGUCAAAGGUUUUGAAAACGCUCAAUGAUGCGUUGAAGAGAAGAAGUUGUUCAAGGGACAGAGACAGCAGCAAACCUCUGGUGAGCAACAUGAUCUCACAGCUCAAUGAACUUAUGGAUGGAGAUUCUAUAACACAAACCUGCCACCGCCUAAACAGUACAGACCAGUGUGGAACAGAUCCUGAGAUACAAGCUCAGGGUCCUGAAGAUGAAGGUCAGAGGGUCCUGUCCAUUCUCAGCAAUGUUCUUCUAGGAGAUUUAAGGUCCCAGGAGCUGAAGCAAGCUGCUGAGCAGGUUAAACAGUGGGCGAAAGUGAAUGGUAUCACACCUGAGGGAAAAGAGGGCAGUUACUCUCAAAACUGGUUGAGAGAGUAUCUCAACAUAAUAGAAAAGUCUGUAGACAAACACUUUCCCGCUCUCCAACCAGAGGGGUCCAGAGACUCUCAGCUACAGACAGGGGAGUACCUGAAACUCGCUCUAAGUUUGGUGUGGAGCGAGGUGAUUGGCUUAGUUCCUGUUUUGGAGAACUCAAGACUGCUGAGUUACCUGAUUGACAGCUAUAAUCGCCGCCUCUUUGCUGUGUUGGACUUAUUUGUGGACAGAAGUUCAUCAGUGAAAGAGGUCUCAAUCCUCUUAGUGUGGGUGAAGCAGACAUACUUUAGUCAUGGCUUUACAGGAAGCCCCAACAUCCAGGACCAUGUUCUCAGAGUAUCUGACCCUCUGUUACUGACUGACUGGUUUGAGAAGUCAAAGCAGAGGUUCCUUACACUCCUUCAGAAGCACAUCUCGACUGUGCUGCAGAACAUCUUGCUUUACAGUGAGGCUCAUCUUGAUUGUAGAAAUGAAGAAGAUCUUAUUAAAGUUUAUCUGGAUGUUAUACAGUGUCUGGAUGCUGCUCUUCAGGGGUCAAAAAUAAUCAGCGAGACUCUGAUGACCGCUGUUAAAAGUCUUUGUUAUAAUGAACUCCACACCUUUGUAGAGAGGUAUGUGAGUGAUGAGAAGAAACAACUGGAGGCCCAGAAGUCCAAUGAAACAUAUUCAUUUCAUCUCUUCAGGAUAGUUGACACAUGUAAGCACCUCCGGUCUUACUGUUUCAAUAUUUUGGAUUCAAACAAUGAUACAAACUCACCCACUCUUAAGAUGUUGGAGAACAUGGAGGAUCAUGUUUCAUCCAUUGUACAGCAGUGGUUUGCAGGCCUGGCAGAGGACCAUCUAAAGAAGUAUUUCAAGGAAAAGGACGUACACAUAUAUAAACUAAUGGACAUGAUUAAAAACGUGCUUGCACCUUUACCACUAAGGGAACAGGGAGAGAGAACAAAACAGCACAUUGUAAAUGCAGCAUACCAGGGUGUUACCAGAGCAUACCUGCAAUGUCUGAUGCAGAGAAAGUGCAAACAGCUUGAAAGGAGAUGGGGUGAUGUUGACAAGAGGAUGAUGAGAGAUGCUGAGCUUUUCCAUUCCACCUUCACACAACUGCAGAGUAUCAGUGAUGAUGAGCAGAAAAAUUUUCUGCUGAAGAUGAGUGAGAUUUUGAAUUACAAUGAUACAAAUUCUCUCAAGGUCAGCAGUGCAGAACUGUACAGAGACUUCCCUAAAGAGAGUGAGGAGCACCUACCUGCUCUACUGAAGUGGAAAAGGGGAUUGUCAAAGCGACAGAUGAAGGAAAUAAUGGUCGUGAGUCAGGAGGCCUGUCAAAACGGAGAACAUAUCACACCCUGUCGCCUGAAAUAUUGGAGCUGCUGUCUCUGCUGCGCAUGAACACUGAAGUUUGAUAGUGUCAGAUACAUCUGUACAGAAGGACAGUCAACCAGUCCAUUUUAGACCAAAGACAGUUUUGUGUGUACAAGCUUGGGUUUCUUCAAGACUGUAUAACUGAGGUAUAGUGUACACAUAAAGGAUCGGCAGCAAGUUUCUCCAAAGCAUCUUAGUAUUAAGGUCAUCUUAACUUAUGGACAGAGUGUUUGAGGAGAUGCUCACUCAAACUUUUAAGAAUGAUUUUUGUGCUAAGAUGCUAUCUAACCCUAACCCAUAUUUUCCAUUGUAAAAAGGGAAAUAUAAAAGAGUUUACAUCAGAUCUGGAAAAUAACAUUUUCUGACAUUCCAGUUAUUAACUUAUUUUUUUGUGUAUUUUUUGCAUACUGAAAUGAUUACGUUGAUGGUACUGUGGCAACCGCAAUGUUAGCAGACAUUGUAAAAUGUAAAAAGACAUCCUCUACAAUGUGACUGUGUGUAAGCUAUUCUACUGAAGGAGAAGUCUAAAGCCCAUUUACAAACGGCACACUCAAGGUCCUGCAAUCCACAUUUGUGCAUGCAUGUGAGGACCGCGAGGCUGUAGGGUGUCCCUUUUCUCAUUCUGGCAUUCAAAGGGCUGCCCUGUAUGCACCCUUUAGUGAUUCAAGUGGAGAAAAAUAUUCAGAAGUAAGUAAAGUGCUUUUUGAUUAAUACUUGUGCUUAAUUUAACUUGUCACUGAGCUGUAUUGUGCUUCUUCUCUGAAUUCAGAUUUUGUAGACAAGCAGUCAUUUCAUUUUUUAAAGUAAAGAGAAUGGCCAAUAUGCCACACAUGGCACAAGAAGAGCCUGCAUGUCGCACAAGUCUACCUCAGUUGCACCCUCAGGGUCUCUUGCCCUGUAGGUCUGUAGUACAUUGUUGAGAUCACCAAAGUGUUGCCUUUGGGAAGGACUGCAGAGGGUGCCUUUUGGACUGGGCUUAACUGUUGUUUUGACAUUUCCAACUUUGACCUGCCAUAUUCUUGAAGUGAGUCUUUCACUAGCCUUGCAUUAAAACCUCUAUUUAGAGUUUUCUUAACUUAUGUCUAUUUAAAAUACCUAAGAGUUAAAUUGUCACAACAUGAACCAUUCUUUGUAUAUUCAUUUUUGUACUUUGUUUCGUUGUAGCUGCAGUCAGCAUUGUGCAAAACUGCAGGCCUAAAUUAUUGGCAGCAUGCUAACAUGGUAGGAUACACAUUUUAGAUACAUUAGCCUUGGAGCAUCAUUGUAAAACCAAAGAAAUAAAGUCAGGAGAUCAAAUGUA